AUGAUUGUUGUGUGUGACCUCGAAAUUAUGGUUUUCGACCGUGGCGGGGUGCAGUCAGCCGCCAAAGGCUCCCCCGCCAGUCCGCUGCCAAAUAGCCCGUUGUCACUAGUGCUUGUCCGUUUAGUUGUCAACCCAAUUGCGUCGUACGACCCCGGAGAGUCGACACGGUGGAGGACAUCGUUUCCGUCGCCGCAGCGCCCGUCACUUCAAUGUACUUCAAGAAUGGUCGGGGCUCAGCCUACAGCGUUGCUGGCAGUUCCGUUUCAGUCACGAUCAAGGCGUAGCUCGUUUAAUGCACAUUCCAAACGUUUGCUGCAGAUGUUUCGAGUUCGGUGA